UUUGCUAUAGCUGCCAUGAAAUUUCUAAAUUAUGUUCUCUUGUUUCAGCUUGAAAAUUAUAUGAUGGUCAGAAAACUCAGAAUAUUCACAAAGGUUACGAUGUUUGAUUACAAGGUACUUUGCCGUGCCAAAUUGUCUAUCAUCUUUACCAUCACACUUGUUGCUAUGAUCUUUGUCAUCUACAAAGACAGUAUCAUCUGUGAGAACAGUGAGGAAACUCGAGCGCAACUGAGAUCAAGUACUGGCAGUAUCAUCUAUGAAAAUAGUGAGCAAACUCAAGGGAAACUGAGAUCAAGUAUUGGUAACAAACAACUGUAUUCCAUGCAAGAAAAGAUUGAUGAAGUUGAAGAAGAAAAUUUGCAAUCAUUAGUCCUUCCUUUGAGUGUCACAGAAGAAGAGAGAAUUGCUUGGUUCCGGGAAAAGAUGCCGAAGAUUCAGAUUUUCAAGUCCAACAACUUGACACGGAAAUUUCAUAGUCGGGUUAAGAAAUUCUUUCGCAGUGGCUGUGAGGCACAAUUCUUCAUGACUUGGAUUUCACCAGCAGCGACUUUUGGAAGAAGGGAAUUCUUCUCCUUGGAGAGCCUUUUCAAGGCACACCCUCAUGGAUGUUUAAUGAUUCUAUCAAGAAGUUUGGACUCUGGAAGAGGGAACAAAAUCCUGAAACCUCUAGUUGAUAGAGGAUUCAAAGUUAAGGCAGUGACACCGGACUUGGCGUAUCUAUUCAACAAUACACCAGCUAAAGCUUGGUUUAAGGAGAUGAAGAGUGGGAAAAAGGACCCAGGUGAGAUUCCAUUAGCUCAGAAUUUAUCCAAUUUGAUCAGACUUGCAGUAUUGUACAAGUAUGGUGGGGUUUACUUGGAUACAGAUUUUAUUGUUCUAAAGCCUUUUACCGGGUUGAAGAACUCAAUUGGUGCACAAAGUAUGGAUAUGGAAACUAAGAACUGGACCAGGUUAAACAAUGCAGUUUUGAUUUUUGAUAUGAAUCAUCCACUUCUGCUCAAAUUCAUGGAGGAAUUCGCCUCGACUUUUGAUGGAAAUAAAUGGGGUCAUAAUGGUCCCUAUUUGGUUUCUAGAGUGGUUGAGAAUAUAGGAAAGCAACCUGGUUAUAAGUUCACAGUCUUGAGGCCUAUGGCCUUCUAUCCUGUUGAUUGGAUCAGGAUAAACAGACUUUUCAUGAAGCCAACAAACCGUUCUGAUUCUAGAUGGGUACAAGAAAAACUGCUUCAGCUCAGUGGAGAGACUUAUGGGGUACACCUAUGGAACAAGCAAACCCGCAAUUUGCAAAUCGAAGAAGGAAGUGUCAUGGGAAGACUAAUCUUAGAACACUGUCUCAUUUGCCAACACAUAUAUAGUUCUUAAUGGGGGAUGCUUGUAUUUAUUCUCUGGUAAAUGAGAUAAAGGGUAUUUCUUUUGUAUCUUUGUUCUUUUUUUCUUUUCCAUCUUUUCUGGUUGUUUGUCAAUAAUUAUUUGAUAGUA